AGCAGCCCGGAGCAGUGAGAGUAGAGCCGCUGUCGGUAUUCUCUUAUCUUACGCAUCAGGGUAAGAGGAUACAAAACUAUGGAGUUUAGAACAGGCAGAAUCAGAUUUGUUUUAUAGAGGAAUUUUACUCACAGAGGUUUAGGACAUCGCAGAUCUGGAAUAAUAUUUUUCCAACGUGUUUUUUUUGUUUUACUUCGCAUCAUUUACUAUUGAAAAUGUCUGGUUCUGGGGUUUGGAUUAACGCCAUAUGGAUUUUACUUUUUUCCAUUAUUGACGUGGCUGUUUCAAACUAUUCUGAAGACCAGUGCAGCUGGAGAGGCAGUGGUUUGUCUCAGCUGCAGGGCAGUGUGGAGCAGAUCUCCCUCCACUGCUCUGAGGGCACACUGGACUGGCUGUAUCCCAAAGGGGCCCUGCGCCUCAGCCUCUCACCUCGCCUGCCCUCUGUGGCAGUGGGGCCCGGUGGCAGCAGCUCAGGCCUCAUCACGGCCUGCGUCAAGCCGUCGGAGCAGUUCCAUGGAGCCCAGCUGUACCUGGAGAGAGAUGGGGUGCUGGAGCUGCUGGUGGGUGACCGCCUGGAGUCUUCUCCCCCACCGAGGGUUCGCUGCUUCAGCCGUCUACCUGGGGAGAGAGUGGCUCUGUUCCUGCAAGCCACACCUCAUCAGGACAUCAGCAGGAGGAUCGCCUCAUUCCGCUAUGAGCUGAGAGGGGACUGGACCGCUCGCCUGUCGCUGGACUCCAGCCCCAUCAGUAAUGAAGAUGCCUGCAGACCCUGCAACAACACUGAGAUUUUAAUGGCUGUUUGCACCAGUGACUUUGUCAUACGAGGCAACAUCCGAUCAGUGGUGGAGGACGAGAACCUGCGGGCAGCGGUGAUCAAGGUGAGCGCCACUCGGGUGUUUCGUCAGAAGUACGCCCUGUUCACCGGCAACAGUCGCCUGGCCAGUCGGGGUGAGAUCAGGACUCUGCUGCAGUGUGGUGUCAAACCGGGUCCCGGCAGCUUUCUUUUCACCGGCCGGAUCCACUUUGGUGAGGCCUGGUUGGGUUGUGCUCCCCGGUACAAGGACUUCCAACAGGCUUACAUGAUAGCCAAAGCAGCCCAACAGAUACCAUGUGAGCUGCCUGUAGACUGAACUAAACACUCUGCAGCAGCUUGUUUACCACUCAGAUUGGAGGCCAUACUGAAAAGCCAGGCCAGACUCAGCCCUGUUCCGUGUUACGGAAGAAGCAGUGUACAACUUCUGGCCAACGUGGCCAAGGUGUCUCCGAUGGAUAUUGUCUUCCCAAAGGACUGAGGAGUGAAAUGGACUUUUCACAACUCCAUUUCAGUGCAAUAUGCGGUCACCAGGGCGGAAAGAACCAGGAGGAGUUGUGGCAUGAGGGACGUUGUUGAAAGUCGAUGAUUAUAAGCAUUUGGCAGUGACAGUUUUUAUACAUAGUGAUGCCAUUAUGCAGGUUCAGAGAAAAUCUAUUGAAAAGCUUUCCAUUCGGGAUUAAGAUAAGCUAUUAAUUCAGGCUUAUUGAGAGUAUAGAAACUCAGGAACAUUUCUUAGAAGUUCUAUAGAAAGCUUAACGCCUAUUAGUUGCUAUCCCAGUGAGGAUACACUUUGGGUAUCUUUUGUUCAGAAACUAUCUGGCCAUGGGAAAGUGAUGUUUUACUGGCUACCCCUGUACUGGGGUCAUCCUCAGUGUUACUAUUAUUAAGGAGAUUAUUUAAAAAAAAAAAGUCCUUAGAAAAUGAAAUGUUAAAAAUAUAUCUUUGCACUGAUAAAG